AUGCAGUCUUCACCUUCAGCGGCAAGCACAUACGAUAGCUGGACACGAGAAGAGCUCAUUGCGCGUCUCAGACAAAUCGAUACUACCAUUCAUCGUCAACCCGCUCACAGAAGAAGUCCCACUCGACCCCCAAAGCAAUUCGACUAUGCAGCUCAACCGCGCCGGAAGAUCGCGCUCAAGUUCACCUACGAUGGAUCACAUUACAGCGGGUUGGAAUUCCAGAAGACACCGUCUCCACUGCCGACGGUGGAGAGCGUGUUGUUUGACGCGCUCGUGCGUACGCGCCUGGUCGACCCCAAGGGCGGUUUCACCGGCUGUGGUUGGGAGAAGUGCGGGCGCACGGAUAGAGGGGUCAGCGCUGCGGGCCAGGUCGUGAGUUUCUGGGUGAGAAGCGCGUUGCCAGAAUUUCUUCGUCCGUCGGACCAGGACGAACAGAACAAGCAGGACGCGGCAAGUGACAUGCAUGAUGCAAACGAGAACGUGGAAGCAGUGUACGAUGUAGAUGGGGCACUUGAAGGAGCAAGUGACGGUCCUGGUCUUGAAGGCGAUUUCCAGCUGAUGGCUGACUGGGACGAGCCCCGCAAUACCUCUCAGUCGUCUGUACCUCCAAAGCCAUGCACCGAACUGCAUUACAUCUCGUCUCUCAACAACGUUCUUCCACCGACUAUCCGCAUCAUUGCGUGGUCGCCCGUCUCGGACGAGUUCUCUGCACGCUUUUCAUGUCGAUAUCGCCACUACAAAUAUUUCUUUGAUCCCAAAGGUCUUGAUGUCUCAGCCAUGCGAGAUGCGACACAGUGCUUCGUCGGAGAGCACGACUUUCGCAAUUUCUGCAAAAUUGACGCUUCAAAGCAGCUCACGUCGUUUGUCAGGAAUGUCCUUUCGGCGGAAAUCAACGUCGUAAACGAUAGCGUGUACGUGCUGGACCUCGUUGGAGCGUCCUUCCUGUACAAUCAGGUGCGACACAUUAUGGCGAUUCUGUUCCUAGUAGGAACAGGCAUGGAGCGUCCCCUGGUGGUGAACGCGCUGUUUAACACUGAUGCUGCCAACCCGCUUCCUGCAGCCAAGGGAGGAGAGGCGGCACCUCCAGUGGUGCCGAGCAAACCAGGCUAUCAGAUCGCAGACCCGCUCCCACUGAUGCUCUGGGAGUGCGGUUACGACGAGACCGCAGUGCGAUGGCGUGCAGAUGCGCAGGACGACGAGACGGCGGUGGACGGGCAGCGGUCGUACUCGAACAACCUCAUCCAGAUGCUGCAGUCCCUUCACCAGCGCUCCGUAAUCCACGCUACGCUCGACGCCCACUUCUUACGCGCGGCUUCGCGAUACCACUCUGCACCUCCGCAAUAUUUCCCCGUCAGUCACCCUCGCAGCUCGCCCAUCCUGCCAGGGACCGUGCUGCGGUUCCCUAUAGGGGCGGGUGCGUUGCGACAGGAAGGAAACUAUGUACCGCUGCUUCAGCGCCCUCGAGCGGCCACUGCGGAGGAGAUCAACGAGAAAUGGAAGGCGAACAAGGACGCGAAAACGGCGUCACGGCGAAUCGAUGAACCCCCGGAAGAUGGUGAUGAGUAG